ACCAAACAAACCACACGCUAACGUAUAAAAUCGCGUCGCAGCUUCUUCAGCGCGCUAAAACCGUAUCAAGUAUAUCAAGUUAGCUGGUAAACUGCGGGAAAGCUUGGAAAAAAUGAAUGGCGCGAAGUCAGGAAGGUUGACGUGAACUGGCUCUGAAAAAUGAUGUGAUGCGAAUCGAGAGCGCACUCGGCGUAUACAACAUCACUAUAACUUCUGCUCGGGGUAUAUACAGGAUGAUUCACAGACGCUGCCGCCAGAUUGCGGUUUUGUUAAUCGGAAAUGACUGUUGCGUCAGACGCUACGACAGACCUAGCGUCGCUACGCGCUCAGAUCGGAUCGGUUGGACUACCUGUGAAAGGCGCAUUCUAUGCAGUGGAGGUUGGUAUUCGUUUCAGCCACACAAAGAUUUACCUGAAAAAUCACACAAAAAUCUUACACGGAAUGGCGUUCAGCUAACUUUCUUUUUUUUUAAUUCAGUAUGUACGUCUCAACACGAAGGACAAAUGUGGUUUUCGAAGAGCAAUUCUAUCGCACGUACAGGGGUGCGUUAGUAAAUCACUUGGUGAGAAAUUAUAACAUAUAAUCAAACUUGAUUACAGCCGAAUGAUUUCUAACCACGUUUUCUGGGACCAUUUUAUUUAUUAUGAGGAAAGCUAUGGAUGCGGGGCAGCUCAUUCAUCGUGUCAAAUAUAUAUUCUGCAAUAUCGAACACUUUUUGAUAACCAAAUACCAAAUAAGGUAAAUAAACAAUGAAUCAUGACACUGACAGGUGACAACACUCUUAUUUCCAAGGUUUUGAACUCGGGAUGAAACACUUUUGAC